AAAAAUAACAGGAAGGGAAGUGUGGAAGUUGCCGCAUUUGAUAACCACACCCACAAUAAGCAGUCCCCCUAAACCCACCACGCGGUGCGUGUUCUUAUCUCUCUCUCUCUCUUCUUUUUUCUAUUUGUCCUCUCUCAUUUUCUCUCUCCUCUUCACAAUUCACAAUUCUCUUUUUUUUUUCUCUCAUCGUCGCUUCACCAGCGGCGGCACCAGAUUCCGGCGACACGUCACCCGUCUCGCCGGAAAAAUCCACCACAAAAUCUCGGCCCACAUUUCUCAUUUAUUUAUUUCUUUCUUUUUUAUUGAUCUCUCGCAUCCCUAAGAAAAAAGCUGUUUUAAUCAAUCAGUUAGGGUUUGCUUCCGUUAUUACUGAAAAAGUCGAUUUUGUCCUUAAUGUGCUAGAGAUUUAGGGUUUAUGGUGCUGCUUUUGGAAUGAACAGUGUCUUGAAGAUCUAACAAGACAAGUUUUGUUCACCUUUCUGAAGGAUCAGAUUUGAGCAGUUUGAUCUACUCAUUUGUUGCCUUCAAAUUAUGAGUGUAGGAUUUAUUAAUUUCCUUUAAUUUCUGACUGGUUUUGGAUACUACAUUAUCAACAAGGCGUGAGUAAAUUCAUUACUGCACUGAGGGAAAAACUACAAACAAGAAAGGUAAGAUAUUUCGUUGUAUGGGUGGGAUAUGUGCAGAAUAGAGGGACAAAAGAGUAAAUUGGGCGUAAUGGGGUUCAAAACAGGGGGUUUAGGUGAUAGUCGUGUGGAGAAACUGAAAACUUCUAUGAUGUCGAGGUCUAGAAUGAAGUUAUGGAUGAUAAGGGCAACGACUUCGAUUUUAUUGUGGACUUGUGUGGUUCAAUUGAUGACUUUAGGAGAGACUUGGGGUCCUAGAGUUUUGAAAGGCUGGCCUUCUUGUUUCUCACAGGAGUCUGCUGCUUCAUUUGUUGUGCCUGAGGUCCCUACCAGAGUUCUUCCACCUAAAAGGGUUUACAAGAAUAAUGGUUACCUUAUGGUUUCAUGCAAUGGAGGGCUGAAUCAAAUGAGGUCUGCGAUAUGUGAUAUGGUUGCCAUUGCAAGAUAUUUAAAUGUGACUCUCAUAGUUCCUGAGCUGGAUAAAACCUCGUUUUGGGCUGAUCCAAGUGAAUUUCAAGAUAUUUUUGAUGUUGAUCAUUUCAUAAAAUCCUUGAGAGAUGAAGUCCGAAUAUUGAGAGAGCUACCCCCAAGACUGAAGAGGAGAGUAGAGCUAGGAAUGAUUUACACCAUGCCGCCUGUCAGUUGGUCUGAUAUUUCUUACUACCAUAACCAGAUUCUUCCCUUAAUCCGGAAGUACAAAGUUGUUCACUUAAACAGAACCGAUGCUCGGCUUGCCAAUAAUGGUCAACCCAUGGAAAUUCAAAAACUGCGUUGUCGAGUAAAUUUUGGCGCCUUGAAAUUCACCCCUCAGAUAGAAGAGUUGGGCAGAAAGGUCAUUCGACUUCUCAGGCAAAAGGGUCCCUUCAUGGUGCUCCACCUGAGAUACGAAAUGGAUAUGUUAGCCUUUUCUGGCUGUAGUCAGGGAUGUAACAAGGAUGAGGUUGACGAGUUGACAAGAAUGAGAUAUGCUUAUCCAUGGUGGAAAGAAAAAAUCAUAAAUUCAGAUUUGAAAAGGAGAGAUGGUCUCUGUCCCUUGACACCUGAAGAAACUGCCCUGACUUUAAGGGCGUUGGACAUUGAUUCCAGCAUACAAGUUUACAUUGCUGCUGGAGAAAUAUAUGGUGGACGAAGGCGAAUGGCUAGUCUUUCAGCAGCUUAUCCUAAUCUGGUGAGGAAGGAGACACUACUAGAACCUUCCGACCUUAUGUUCUUUCAGAAUCACUCUUCUCAAAUGGCUGCAUUGGACUAUCUUGUUUCAUUGGAGAGUAAUAUCUUUGUUCCUACAUAUGAUGGAAACAUGGCCAAAGUUGUUGAAGGACAUCGCAGAUAUCUUGGGUACAAGAAAACUAUCUUGUUGGACAGAAAGCUUCUAGUGGAUUUGAUAGACCAACAUACAGCUGGAUCAUUGACAUGGGAUGAGUUUUCUAAUGCUGUUAAGGAAGCUCAUGCUGAACGUAUGGGCAACCCUACAAAGAGGUUGGUUAUUCCUGACCGACCCAAAGAAGAGGAUUAUUUCUACUCAAACCCUUGGGAGUGUCUAGAACCAUCUAAUGAGGAUGAAACACUAAGUAGCAGCAUUUAAAUCAUGUUGGCGGUGGUAACACUUGUUCAGAAGAAAAAGAAAAAAACACUGCCAUGCAGUUUCUGUGAAUGAUUUAGAGAAGAUAGUUCUCAACACCGUGAGACAGUGAGAAAGCAGGAUUUUGCUUCGAGGAGACUCUUGAAGUUCUGUGGGAGGUGAACUUCGAUGGGCUGAGAAGACUUGAGAGCAUGCUGGAGAGUACAUUAAAACGUUUUUACAUAAAUUAAUAAUCGAUUUCCUGUAUAGAAGCUUCCCCUGCCAUUGCAGGGUUACAUCAACUCCACGGCAGUGUACACAUAAGGGUGAAAUAUAGAAUUUGUUUUACUGCAA